AUGGACUGGGCAAGAGUGGAGAAGUCCAGAUCCGGGUCCCCGGCUCUGUCAUACCGCGCAUGUGACGGGUGCCGCUCUAGGAAGAGCAUCUCGACGUUGCUCCUCGUCCGUGUCGGGUGUCCAACUAAAGUCUUUUCACCAGAUCGGGUGCAACAGGAAGUCGCCUUGCAGAAACUGCGCUCAGCAGAAGAUCCCGUGCGAGCGGAAACUGCAGAACAAGCCUCGAGCCCACUCGCAGAGGGUUCUCAUCUCACCGGAGUAACUGACAUAGAGGCCGCGGAAAAGCAAGGACAAGAUCGACUGCAUAGAGAAGCGCCUGGAGAGGAUCGCCGACAUCCUGACCGAGCUGACGGCGCAGGCGCUGGUGCUGAAGACGGAACAAUCGCCGAGUCCAAAACCACAUCCGCUCUUGUUGGCAUCCAGCACGGCCAUGGCAAGAGCAAAUACACAAGAGCCUCCAGGCCAGGUGUAGUUUUCUGUGUUUGA